CCGCCGGAAGUGCGUCUCCGCGCCCCUCACCUGGACGGCGCCACUGGCGGGACCCCCCGAGCGCGUGCAGGGUGCCCUCCUCUCGCGCGCCCAGGGCUCAGGACGGAGGGAGGGAAGCGGAGGAAGAAGGAGGGCUCGGCCCGUUCAGACGCCUUGGCCUUGCGGUCGCUGGCCUCGACGAGGGCGGUGAGAGGGCGAUGCCUGUCCCAGGAGGGGCCGCGAAGGCGUCGCAGGUGCUUCCUGCGCCUCCGCCACAGCAGCGGCGGCUCUUCCAGGAGGAGGACGGCAGCGGCCUGCGUUUCUAUUUGCGGCCUGGAGUGGACAAGGCGAACCUGGCACCACUUAUCCUGCGUGAAGGAGGCCACAUAUGCCAUGUGCAGGAGCCCAGGGCCAUCCUGCUGGCUCGAGCUGCAGAGGUGCCAGCAGGAACCGCGGGGAACUUCAUCUCCAUCAGUUAUGUCACUGACUGUGUGGCCCGCAAGGAACGGCUGCCCAUGGAGCACUACCGCCUGCACUCAGAGCCUCCCCGCUUUGCCGUGGCCUCAGGAAGUAAGAAAGUGAUGGGUCAAAAGUGCGCAGCAGAAGGAUCGAAGGCACAGAGCAUUUUCCAGAUCGCCAACGAAGAAUUUGAAGACAAUGAGGGGGAUAAUGAGACCCUCAAUACUUGUGAAGAUAUAUCACCAAACCCCACAAAACUCAAGACCUCCAAAGAAGCACCGUCUUCAAAUCCCAAGGUUGGGUUGCCUGAGUUGGCCCCUGGUGCCAGUUCUGCUGUGCUGCAAAGCCCGCUCCCAGAGGAAGAAGGGCCUCCAGGGCCCUCUGCCAUGGAGGUGGCCAUGGCAGUUGACGAUAUAAAGCAUUUCAUGGGCAAAUUCAAAAUGGACCUGGCCACUGUGAUGCAAGCUUUUCUGAAAAACAGCGGGGAAGUAGAGGCUGUGGAAUCUUGUCUGUACACUGGACAGCGAGCAGAUGGCUUCCCUUUUUGGAGCAGGCAGGAUGAUUUGAACUUGCUGAAGGGUGAAGAUGAUUUCAGAAGACAGCUGGUAGCAAAAUACGGGGCUGAGAAUGUGACUAGGCGGGUGGCAUUCAGAAAAAACUAGUACAUGGCAGGAGGGAUUUGUGGGGCUGCCCCAGUGUAGGAGAGCCCUCCCCUACCUAAUGCACCUUUUGUUCACAGGCAUUUUCUGUGCUGUGAACUGGCUGUGCCUUCGAUGAGAGUCUUUCUGGAGGCUGGCAGCUCGCAGUCAGUCUCUGCCAUGAUUAAAAAUGGAAAUAAUAGAUGUGACCAAGAUACUGCAUCUUUUUGCUUUUCUCCUGUUUGUAUAGAAAGACUUUGUUCCUUUAGUGAGUUUCUUCUUAAUCGAGAUUGCAACUGUUGUUGACCUGACAAUAAACCUGGACAUCUUUUCAUCUGA